GCCGCAGAGAAAAAGAGCGGUGCAAGCAGCAGCUAGCUACAUGUAGGUGGUAUGAUCAAAGCACUGGACGCGACGUUACAUGUAAGGAACGACGUGAAAGCUGAAAACCUAUCAAACGCCUUGCUUGCUUCUAGUUCUAUGUUCUAACGUUCUUGUCAAGUUAAUAGUGGGUUGCAAGUAAAAGAGAACCUCUGAUCGGAUUCCAAAGAUGAAAAAGGACAAACACAAGGCCAAAAGAAGUGCAAAUUACAAGAAGCAACAUGGUAUUUCUUCUGCAAAGAAUGCGAACAGAACUGGAAAAUCGACGACUGCUGCUGAAUUCGAAGCAGAUGCCACACUGCGACAUGCAAAGGGAUAUGGCGUCAAGUCACAAGCAGAAUUGAUAAUAGAAAAACAGGAGGAACAACUGAAACAGUAUUCAAGAAGAAAGGUUGAAAGCAACUGGGAAAAAUAUGAAGAUUUUGUUGUUGAUCCUGACACAGAGGCAGAGAAAGUCCGUUCAGAACCAAGGGGGGAAGACUUUCAAAAGCUUUUAUCCAGAUCAGAUGAUGCUUCGUCUCAGCUUCGAAUGAAGGAUGAAGUAUGGUGGGAUGAAGAUGAUCAAGAUGAUGAAACUGAGACUGAAAUUGGGAAGCUGUUUAAGAUUAACUAUGUGGAUUUAUCACGGCGUCUUAAAUGCAUCCCUCUCCAUGAGCGUCUUGGAAUAUCUACUAAAUAUUUUGAUGAAGAUUUACUCAAUAAAAUAAAUGAGGAUGCGGCAGAGCAUACAAAGAGGUAUCAAGAAAUGUUGGAUGCAGAGAAAGCUCAAGAACUGAACAACCCUCAAGAAUCUGAAAUUCCUACCCCAUCAGAUACUGUUGCUGAUCUAUCAUCAAGAGAACUAAUGACAGAGCCAACUGUUGGUGCAUGUAUUGAUAGUUGUGAAGCAAACAAACUGCAUGAAGUGACGGAUGAACAAUGUAUUGAGCAAUCAAGUGAUGUUACUUUAAGAACUAAUAGUGAUACAGAACAUUGUACUAAAGAUGUAAAACAGACAGACUCACAAGCCGCUGUUAGGUUGUCGAAUUCUGCUGUAAGUCCGAGCUCUAGGAGUCAUAUUGAUUCAGGAUCACUUGUGACCUCCAGCGAUAGGUCAACAAAAUCUGCUGAUGUUAAAGAGCCAACCACAGAACCACAUGCUAAACACAAUGAAGAAGAAAAUCUUGAAGAAUGGCUUGAUGACUACUUAGAUGAUUGAAGUGAUUCUGGUUUAACACUUUGCCAUUGGUAUUUUGAUUUUCUAGUUUUACAGCGCAUCCCAAAAAAUGUCCCUCUGUUAUACGGCUGAAUUAUUUCAAAAAUUGAAAAUUAUUUCCAAUUAAAUGUGUUGUAUUAGGAAGCUCAUCUCAUGUCCUAGCUUCUAAAAAAAUUUCAUUGGUUUUGCUUCAGUGGUUUUGAAUACAUAGUCUAUUAUGUAAGGUGGUGCUUUUUAGUCCAUUCCAAGUUUCCAUACAUGCAGCACUGCUGUAUGUUCUGCACUGCUAAACAUAUCAACCCCCUUUGAUCAUUCAGAAUCUGAUCAGGGAAUUCCCUGAGCUGACAGGAAAUCUUUAUGAUCUAACCAGGCUAAUCAAAUCACAACCUUGCAUGUUCAGAAGGGCAACAACAGUACCUGACACAAUUCAUUUCAAGUUUGAUAAUGGGAGAUGGACAAUGAUAGAAACAACAGGUCAUGUCUGUUUCAUGCCUAAUUCCAACAAUAUUGCAUUCUUGAUUUUAUUCCUUUUUAAUUAAGUUUAUAAUGACCAAGUUAAUUUACUGUACCUUUUGGAAUGAAAAAAAUAAAUUUCCUCAAGCAAUGUUCGCUUUCGUGAAGUGUGAUACACUUGUGAUUUGCUCUUCAUGGUUCAGCUUAUGUACUUAUCCAGCAUUCAUAUUUUCUUUCAUCAAUCUCCCAUCAAUCGUCAAGUUAAUAAUUUGAUGAGCCCUGAUAGAUCAGGGAAAUGUCCCUACUCAAGAUACUGGAUGGUAAAUGGGGGUUAACAUUCUGAAGACAAUGCAGAAAUACAGCAGUGCUGCAAACUUGGAAUGGGCUGAAAUUCCUCACUGUUUCGUAACAGGGUGUGUAUUCAAAACAACUGAAGCGAGACCAAAGAAAUUUUCAUAGAAGUUUGAAAUAAGUUUAUGAAAUAAGUUUUCUACACCUGUACAUUUGAUUGAGAAUACUACCACAUUUUGGAAUUAGUUUAGCCCUAUGUCAGAGGUACAUUUUUGGAGGGACGCGCUGUAAUGGUUUUAUUUUUUCUUUUCUUUAUUUUCAUUUUUUGUGGGGGUGUGAUAGAAUUAUACAUGUAAGUAUUGUACUUUACUUUUCUUGUGAGUGAAAGUGUGCUGCAUUUUGCCGUACUUUAAAUGAACUUUUGAAGAAAAAAAACCUUUUCCCUUUGAUUGCUAGAAUUUCAGCAGAUAUUAUUCAACUCAUGUAGGUUAUUUGGAUUUUGCUCUCCUUUGAAAAAAAAUGUUUACAAAUUUGACUUCUAAAUUUAGGUGGUUUGAAAAAAUAUAGAAACCAGUCCAUGUUAUGAGAAAAAAGAUGUAUGAAGAAUAAGGACAUGUGUUUAAUUUUUGUACCCUUAGUUUUUUGUUUUUUUCUUCCAUGUUUGAAUUGACUUGAGCUUAAAAUGAUUUAUUCAUGAAAUAUGCUGAAUCGUUAUACUGAGAUGAAGAAGAGGAAUAACAAUUGCUCUCAUGACUUUCCAUGAUUUUUAUUCUUGUAAAAACAGAUAUGGUCCAUAAUUAAUACCUAUUUAUACUUGAGUAGGGUAUGUCAUUUUGUGAACAAUCCCUGAUGAUGAUGAUGAUGAUGAUGCGUUUGUGGUGUAUUUAUUUUGUACUUUUUGGGGGUGGUUAUGCAUGAUAUAUUUCCCUUCAUUCAUAAAGUACAAAAGAUAAAUUGUUAAUAAGUAACAUGAAAUGAUAUAUCCCCUGUAUUUUUACAUCUGAAAGGAUGUCAUGUCAUAACCACCUCCAGAUAUGAUCUAAACACACCUUGUGCAGAGGACAUAUUCUCUGUACAAGAUGUGUUUUGAUCAUCUCUGGAGGUGGUUAUGCAAUGAUAGCUCUGCAGUCAUUAAGUACCAAUGACAAAUACUUAAUCAGUAACAUUUGUACAAACUUGAUAGAAGGAAUGUUCUUUGUAAACCAGAAAGAGGAUUCAUUGAAAAAUACACAAAUAUUAGUUAGCGGCUGUUGUAUAUAUUUAAAAAGAAAAGACAGGAAAAAAAUCUUAUCAGCCAUGAAAUAGAAAUGAUCAAACUGUAACUGUUGAAACAGGAAUGUCUGAUAAUGAGGCCAAGGUGUGGAAUAGACCAUAUCUGUUAAUGCAAAAAUUGUUGUGGCAUGUUAGCAACUUGGCAUAAGCAUAUAUACAAGACCAUUUCUUAAUCUUGUUGACAAUUUUGUAGAUUUCAUGAACAAUCCACACCAUUGAAAUUGGGGCAAUACAUGUUUUGCAUUGAAGGGUAGGGUAUGUAUUGGUAUUCAUCUGUGAUUACUAUUGAGUUUAAAAUAGGUUUAUAUAGCUUUGACAAGCAAAAAUUGUAACUUCUCACCUUUUAUAUUUUAUUUCAAAGUUAUGCUUUUCGUUUUCUUCAAAUCAAGUUGUUGGGGGGUGAAAUUGACCUUAAACAGACAUUGAUACAGCAGUAGUUCAUAAAAUGCAAAAUAUCAUGUGCUAUCAUAUCAUGUACGCUAAAGGGUGAAUUUGUGAGACUGGUGAGUGAAAUCACCAACACCAAACUGGCCUUUUCUGUUCUCUUCUGAAAAUAAUGACAAUAAACCAUCUGGUUUAUUGUCAUAUUAUAUUUGGGAGGUCUGAUAUGGUGUAUCUACAGUGCCAUUUGAAAAUUUUCCCCAAAGUUACUGUCUCUUGAUAUACAUGUCAUAAAAUUCAGAAAAUUGAACUGGUACAGCUGCAUGGAGAAUUAUUCAACUCUGUGGUAUAGUGAGUACUUGUAUGUAUUUUUGCAAAAUUUCAAACUUUGGUUAUGGAAAGAAGCACCUGCAUAACAUGAACCAAAUUAUCAAAUUCUCGACAAGACAUAGCUUUUGAUUUAAUAAACAUUAGGAAUCGAGUUCUUUCUUGGAUGAACAGAAAUGGUUGAUUAAGUAAAUUAAUGUCAUAUCAUACCUUUCUAUGUUGUUCAUUCACGUUAUAAGGACAUAACAUGCCUUAAGUACAUACAAUUCAUAGUAUGUCAAGCAGCAUUACUACUUUUCAAAAAUGUGAUUUAAGAAAUAAUAUUCAAGUGAAAAUUUCCUCCAGUAAAUUUGUACAUGGGUUGUACCUGAGAUUCAAUUCCAAUUCCUGUCAAAAUUAAUUAAAAUUUUAGAUAAUGAUCAAGUUAUUCUUGAAUGUUUACAAAUGAUGCUCCUCACAGGAUUGAAAAUAAAAUAAUUUGCUCAAUUAUUCAUGCAUGUAUCUUUUCAUGCAUGAAUGAACAUGAUUCCUUAUGUUGAUUCUAUCAAAGGCUAUUUUCUUGCCUUUAAUUUAAUAGAUAAUAUGGUUGAUGUUAGAUAUAGUAUGCGUUUCAUUCCAUAACCAAAACUUGCAAAAAUAUGUACUUAUACUAUGAGGUUGAAUAUUUCUGCAUGCAACUGUGUAUCAUGUUACAGAAUACGAUAUGAUAGACUGCUGCACCAAUUUCUGACAUGCUGACUUGCAGCAGCCAAUGUCGCUGAGAAGGGGUAAUCCACCCAGCUAUCCCACCCCUGUCUUUAUUAGCUGUUUUUAAUUGUACCAGAAUUAUCAGGAUAGUUAGUUUUAAAGAAAAUAGAAGAGGAUAAUAAAUUUAGAGGAAAUAUGUUUUUCAGACACUUCAACUGGAUUUAUUAUGGAGAUGGGUAGUUGGGAUUUGGGGGGCAACUUGGAAAAAACUGAUCAUCACCCUGAAAAGCGAGUUGAUGGGCAGUAAGUGAUGGAAAAUGUUUUUAAAUUUGAUAAAGUUUUAGUUAUCCUUUGUUAUACCUGCCUUUGUUUUCUCUUAUCUCGGAAAAAAAUUGUUCCACUGGAUAAGGGUUGACCUGACCCUGCAAGGUCUGCCAUUUGUCACUUUUAUGUUUCAAUAAUUAAAAUUUUGGUUCUUUACCAAUUGCAUUUCAGUA